AUGGCGACAUGCAAAUCAAUUAGUCAGACUGAGUCUAGUCUUGAAGCCUGGCAGAGCAGAAAGUCUCUUACAGAAUGUCUUAGACAUUCUCUUGAAAAUAAAAUGUUUAAUAACGUGACAUUCCGCGUUGGGAGUGAACAGAAGACCGUCCAUGCUCAUAGAAUGAUACUCAGUAUCCGUAGCGGCGUGUUCGAGGCCAUGUUCUACGGACCAUUGGCAGAGCAGGGUGAGAUCGUCAUUCCGGAAGUAGAACACGACAUAUUUGAACAGUUUCUAAGGUAUCUCUAUACAGAUGACGUCAGAAUGGAUUGUGCCAGUGUUAUGGGUUUGCUGUACGUAUCAAAGAAGUAUGACGUCAAAACCUUGGAACAUAAGUGUUUGACGUAUGUGUCGUCAUCGAUGACGUCAGACAACGUCUGUGUGAUACUGGAACAGGCCCACGUGUUUGAUGAGCAGGAAUUGAAAGAAAAAGCUCUGACUUUUAUUUUGGAAAAUGGAGAUGUCGUUCUAAAAUCAUCUGGAGUUACAGACCUUUGCCACGAAUGCUUGGUUGAGAUUGUACAAGCGGAAGAACUGGAGGCCGAUGAACAAUCUGUCUUUGAAGCUGUUGUGGCGUGGAAUACCCUGUUUACAAUUAACUGCCCCAAUCCAGGGAAAAAGGGACAGGAGGUCUACAAGACCCAGGAAUGA